UCGCGGUGGCUGUUGGGACAGUCUGCUAAGUUGUAAGAAGCGGAGGAAAGUCGGCUCCGGGCGCUUUGGUCCUCGGGGAGGGUGGGGGAAGGCGUCGAGCGCGCUGGUUGUCUUGGAUUGUGGAAAGACCACGCUGGAUGGUGGGAAGAAAAAAAUAAUAAUGAUCCGGACUGGCUAAAAAGACUGUUAUCCGGGGUGUCCCGGAGAAGCGGGAAGAAUGAACUGUUCAAGUCUAUUAAUUCUCUAUGAAACUGAUAAUUCAUCAACAUAUAUCAGCUGAAGCCACAUUCCCUCUCUGUGCUGGCUCCUAAGUGUAGAGAUGCAGGAAGGCAUCCGUUUUGCUUCUUCAGGAGAUGAUGAUGUUAAAAUAUGGGAUUCGUCUUCUAUAACUGUUGUGGACCAGUUUAGUCCCCAUGCAUCUUCUCACCCAGUUAAUUCAGUAUGCUGGGGUAGCAACAAUAACUUUUUGGUAACAACAUCAGCUGUUGGUGAUAAGAUAGUGGUUUCAAAUUGUAAAGGAAAACCAGUUCCACUCUUUGAACUAGCUGAAGGGACAAAGCAAACAUGUAUAAGCUUGAGUUCGAAUUCAAUGUAUAUUGCAAGUGGAGGAAUUGAUGGCACUGUUAAUAUCUGGGAUUUAAAAUAUAGAAAACUUCACCGAUCUCUUAAGGAUCAUAGAGAGGAAAUAACUUGUGUGUCAUUCAAUUGGAAUGAUUGCUAUGUUGCCUCAGGAUCCAUGAGUGGUGAAAUUAUCCUGCAUAGUAUUGCUACAAAUCUAUCCAGCACUCCAUUUGGUCAUGGAACUACGCAGCCCAUACGACAUUUGAAAUAUUCUCCCUUUAAGAAAGCAUUACUGGGUAGCGUCUCUGACAGUGGAACUGUAACCCUAUGGGAUGUCAACAGUCAAACUCCGUACCAUAACUUUGAAAAUGCUCAUAAAGCUCCAGCUUAUGAAAUCUGUUUUUCUCCCAUCAGUGAAUUGCUGCUUGUAACUGUAGGUCUAGAUAAAAGAAUAAUUCUCUACGACACAGCAAGUAAAAGGCAGUUGAGAACUUUAGUAGCAGAAACUCCUCUAACUGCAGUAGAAUUCAUGCCUGAAGGAACUUCACUCACUAUUGGCUCUUCUCGUGGAAAAAUAUAUCAUUAUGAUUUAAGAAAGCUGACAGCACCUGUGAAAUCAGUCAGUGCUCACAAAACAUCUGUGAAAUGCAUAACACUGCAGAAUUGUAACAGUUUUUCAAAGUCUAGUCAUAAAACAGGCUCAAGUAAACAAACUUGCAAAAAAGGAAUUCAGAAUGUUGGUAUUUUAAAAAAUCUUACAUCUAAUGUACCUACUACUUUCCUGCCCCAGUCCAUGCCAAGUAAUGAAGUUAAAGGAAGUGAUGCUAUUCCAGAUAAAUCAGGUUUGACCCAGAGCAGCAGUUUGGAUGUAAUUCCUUCCAAAGAGAUGGAUCAUGGGAAUACUUCUAAUUCAAGUAAUUUUGAAGACUUGGGAAGAAAUAGUUUGGGUGACCUAUUUUCUCCACUUCGAGAUGAUAUUGUGGCUUGUAAAACAAAUGAAGAUGUUCCAGGAAAGAAUGAUGGUUUGGAUUUUCAGUCUUAUCUUUUAAGCAUGGAUUUUCUCUCUCAGUUUAAUACUGCUUUACCUGCAAGAAAAAAUCCAGCAGGAUCAAAUCCACAUAUUGUUCAUUCAAGUCCAUUUAAUAUAUUUUCUGGAUCCCCCAUUAAAGAGGAAAAUGAGCAUCCAGAUAUUGAUGCUAAAAAAACAAAUCAUGGAAAACAAGAAUCCAAUGAGCACAUCAAACAGUUGAACUCGGGCUCUGAGUCUUCAGCUCUGAAUACUCCACCUGUUGCCAAUUUAAUCAAGAGUCCUGAUUCCAGAGAAAGACUUAUUAAGAAUAUCCAGACACAACUUUUAUAUGAAUCACCAAUUAAUGGUACUACCUCGACAGGUCCAAAGAUAACCUCCAAUAUUACUUCUGGAGUUGCUAGUACACUAUCUGAGAAAAUAGUAGAUACUAUUGGAAACAGCCGAUUGAAUGCACCUUUAUCGUCAAUACAAAUUCAUUUCAUUCAGAAUAUGAUACAAGAAACUCUGGAUGAUUUCAGGGAAGCUUGUCAUCGUGACAUUGUAAAUUUGCAAGUAGAAAUGAUCAAACAGUUUCAUGUUCAGUUGAAUGAAAUGCAUGCCUUACUUGAAAGAUAUUCUAUAAAUGACAGUUUAGUAGCCGAAAUUGAAAGAUUGCGUGAAGAAAAUAAAAGACUUCAAACCCACUUCUGACAGAUUCCUAUUCAUGUGAAGAAAAUAAUUUGAUAUUUUUGUUCCAAGUGGCUAAGACAUCAUGAUGUCAUCUGAUAAUUUCUGAAGGAGUGUAAAUUCAAUAUUUCUUACAGUACCAAAUAUUUUAAUUGUAGAAAAGCAAAAGAAAAUGCACUUACAUUUGUAUCAAAGUGUUUCUAUGAUAAAGAAGCUAGAUUAAAAUUGAGGCUAACAGGAUUAUUAACCAGUUCCCUAUCUGUAUAUAAAGUGCCUUUAUAAAAAAGGAAACUAAAUAGGAAAUGUAUUUUGUAUAACAAUUCAUCAACCUUCUUUGCCUUGUGGUAUUGGUGGAGCUCUCUCCUUUUA